AUUUAUAUAUAUAGAGAGAGAGAUAGCUGUUGUUUAAAGCGCAGGUAUGGACGGUGCUAGGUACACAGAGGGAGUGAACGGAGCCUUGACAGGAGCUGAAGCGGCCGCCUCUGUUCAGAGCUCCGACUGCGGCUCUUGCCUGCAGCGUAUCCGAGGCUGUGUGCCGUUAGACCACUGGAAUGAGAUAGUACAACUUCUUAAACUAGGCGGACCUGUGGUCAUUUCCCAGUUGAUGGUGUUUAUGAUCAGCAUUGUCAGCAUGAUGUUCUGUGGUCACCAGGGGAAAACAGAACUAGCAGGAGUAUCCUUAGCAGUUGCGGUGGUUAACAUCACUGGUAUUUCCAUUGGCACUGGUUUAUCAUCAACUUGUGAUACCCUCAUAUCUCAGACCUAUGGGAGCGGUAACUUGAAGCGUGUGGGCGUCAUUCUCCAAAGGGGGAUUCUGAUUCUGCUGUUGGCCUGUUUCCCCUGCUGGGCCGUCCUCAUUAACACUGAACCUCUCUUACUCGCUCUCAGACAGAGCGCAGAGGUCGCCAGUCUCACCCAGCUGUAUGUGAAGAUCUUCAUGCCUGCUCUGCCAGUAAGUUUGGUGCCCUUUUUCCUUCACGACCCGAUCUCUUUCACACUACCUCGACCUACCGACUCUCAGACUUUUCAGUUUGAUCUGAACCAAAAUCACAGGUGUGAAACCUUCCCCAGACCAUGGUCCAUACCAAACAGGAGGAAAAGAUGUGGUCUCGACCCUGAUCAAGUUGCAUAAUAGUUUGGGUUUUUCCCCUGUGUGUUUUUGGAUGCUUCGAUCAUUUGGUACUUGUGGCAGGCUAUCGCCAGAAACAGGAAAAGGAAGUAUAGUUCACAUGUUAUGACGACAGGACAUAGAGUUCUUUUGUGUGUUUUGUAGAACUGCAAUAUAAAACUCUAUGUAGAUCAAUUAUAUCUGUUGCAACAAAACAACAAGCCUUGGUUUGGACUUUCAGGUUUGAAAAGGUCCUAAAACAUCUUUCAGUUAAUUUUGCGUUGAUAUUAAUAAAAUGGAGUAUGUAAAUGUCAAGGUGGUGUGAGGCCGCAGGUGAAGACACCAAUUGCGGACAAUGCACAACAUCAGCAGUUCAGGGGUUCAUUGCAAUGGUGAACAGACAAAAUCUUACAGGCAAGCAGACAGAUACAAAAUCAAAAGCCCAUAAAAGAAAGAAACUACUAAAAGUUCAGUAAAGUCUGAACUAAAAAAUUCCAACCUCCUAGGCAAGGCAAGGCAAGGCAAGUUUAUU